AUGGAAGGACUGACGCUCAAGAAGUGGCGGCUGGGCGAGAAGAUCGGCUCGGGGGCCUGCAGCGACGUUUACGCCGUGACGUCCCUCGACCAGGACACUCCUGACCGUCAGUACGUCAUGAAGCUCUCUCCACUGCCGCAGUUGCCAGCUGCAAAGCUCAAGAACAAGAAGAGAAAGAAGACACCGGAAGAGCGCAAUGCAGACGCUCUGUACGCUGAGCAUCUGCUCUACAAGAACCAUCUCAGGGACCAGCCUGGUAUCCCGUACGUGCCAUUGGGAGCGUAUGGAGAAGAUAAGGGAUACCGCUUUAUAGUCAUUGAGCGGCUCGGCCGGACGCUCGAGACGGUGCUGCAGGAGCAAGGUCCUGUACCAUCUGAAACGGCAGCGCGACUGGGCCAAGACAUUCUGGAGACUUUGCAGCAGAUGCACGUAAAAAACAUUCUCUAUGUGGACGUGAAGCCUGAAAACUUUAUGCUGAACAUGGGAAAGGAAAACAAAGUGUAUUGCGUGGACUUCGGCAUUUCAGAUCGCUAUGUAACGGCGACAGGCAAGCACAAAGAACUCAAAGAGGGGACAGUCGUGGGCACGCCAACGUUUCUCAGCGUCAACUGCCACAGUGGCCUCACCUCCAGCCGUCGGGAUGACGUCGAGUCUCUUUUGUACGUGCUGAUCUACUUGAUACGAGGCGAUCUUCCUUGGCAGUACGCAUCGAGCGACGCCGAAGGUGCCAGAAUCAAGAACGCUACCUCGAUCGACCAGCUCUGUGCUUCGAUGCCUGCGGCAUGGAGCACGAUGUUCACGAAGAUCCGUGCGUGUGGCUUCGAGGACUGUCCGGAUUACGACUUCUUCAAACAGCAGUUUUCGAUACUAGGAGGCAAAAAGGGCUUGAACGCGCCAUUUAAGUGGGGCGCACGCAAAACGGGCGGAACGGCUGCUGAGCUUGCAUCGUCGCAAGAAUCUGCUACAAAGAGUCCGAUGCGGAAGCGCGUCAAAAACGCGGACGACGACCCCCCGGCGUCUCUUCCAGUCGUCGUCGCGAAGACCAAAAAGACAGCGAAAGCCAAAACGACGUCCCGUCCUGACAGCAAAGCAGUCAGCAGAAAAGCUGCCGCGCCAGUAGAUCACGACGUCAAGCGCACGAAGCAGAAGGACGUCGACCUCGGGCUUGUGCACGCGUCCAACGACCGAGAAGUGUUCAAGGCUAUUGCAGGCCACGCUGCCGCGACCGCCGCUAUCAAGCGGUACAACCUGCGCUCUGCUCACCACGAGUAG